AUGUCUCAACCAAUAUUCCAAAUUGGAGAAUCCUUCGUCUGCAUCUUCAAAACCAAUGUUCCAUACGAAGCAAAAGUGAUCGGAAUCAAAGAAGUGAAAGGGAAACAAUGCUAUGUCAUUCACUACACCGGAUGGGCGAGUCGACACGAUGAGAAAGUUCAAUUAGGAGCAGAAGAGGGGAAAAUGUUCAAAGGAACUCUGGAAGAAUACGCGAGAACUCACAAUGUAGAGAUUCCGACUGUUGCAUUGAAUUCUGCAAAGAAGAAGAGAUCAGUUGUGGAGCAAGGGAAUCAGAGUGAGGAGAGUGAUGAGUCAAGUGACAUGGAAUCUCCAACUCCUGGACUCAGAUUUGAUAUGGCAAGUCCGCUGAAAAAGAUCAUAAUCGAUGACUCCAAAUACCUCAAAUCCAAUGUUCUCACACAUGUUCCAGCAGCAUUCUCGAUCGAUGAGAUUGUCAGUGAUUAUCUCAAAACAAUCCCAGCCACUGACCAGGAACUUCAAGAAGUGAAUCAGGUGAACUUCACAGUGACUGAAGAUGAUCCGACUCCUAAUUCGGUUCUAGCGAUUUCAGCUCAAUCGCUCGUGCAGUUUUUUGAUGUUGUUUUGGGCUUCCACCUGCUCUACCCAAACGAACGCAAACAAUACAAUGAUCUCGUUCACAAAGUCGCAAUCGACGAAGGUCUCGUACUUGUAAACCCCAACAAUCUCCCAGCACCAGCCGGAUUCAAGUCAUCCGAACACUACGGUCUCAUUCAUUUCUUGAGAAUGUUCACCAAAUUGCCGAAGCUUCUCGAAGAGUCCGGUCUCAAUCUGAAUGUUAUUAAUCGUCUCACCAUUGGAAUCGAGUCACUUCUGGAAUUCCUCGAGAGAAACUUCGAGAAGUACUACAAUAACGGUGUGGAUUAUGAUUCGACGGCUGCUGAGGAGGCGGGUUCAAGUGCAAGUGCUCCGAGAGCAACACGUCGUGUCUCGAGAAGAUAA